AUGUACGAGUCUUUGGUUUUAAUGCCGUUGGAAACUACAGAUGGCAGGCCUGUACUGGCUUGCUACAUAUGUUGCGCAAGGCUCAAGAACUGCUAUGAGUUGAGAAAGAGCUGUUUCCAAAGUGAGGAGCUGUUAACACAAAUGCUGAGCUGUAACGAGUUGAAACCUGUGAAAUUGCAAGAAGUAAACAAUAAGAAGAGACUCACCGUGCAAAAUGUAUCAAACUUGAGUAUCGGUCAUGCACUGGAGAUAAAUACAGUUGAUGUUGGUGUGGAGGCUCUGACCAUUGAUGUGAAAUUCGAACAAAAUGAUCCUGAAGAUAUUGAUGAGAAUGAUCUAGAAAACAACAUACAAUCUGCAGACUCAGACGAUGAUCCUCUAAUCGUUGUGAAGAAAGAACAGUCAAAUAUCGACGAGGAUGCUCUAGAAGAGAACAGCGUCUCUGACAUCAUACAAUCUGCAGACUCAGACGAUGAGCCUCUUAUUAAUGUAAAGAACGAACAGUCUGGAGACUGGACAAGUGAUAACAAAGAUGUGGGUGUGGUGGGAUGCGGGGCGGAGAGUGCAGGGGGCGCGCUGCAAGUUAGCGCGCCGCCCCCGCCAGGUCCACGCUGA